CAUCCAUCUCCCUACCUACCGAAAACUAACCAACUGUUUCUAAAAGUGCUCCAAACAUGGCUUACACGACCGCGGGAGGGACUAAGAAGAAGGUGUGCUACUACUACGACGGUGACAUAGGAAAUUAUUACUAUGGACAGGGACAUCCAAUGAAACCACAUCGCAUCCGGAUGACUCACAACCUGCUUCUGAACUAUGGACUGUACAGGAAAAUGGAGAUCUAUAGACCACACAAAGCCACGGCCGAGGAGAUGACAAAAUAUCACAGCGACGACUACAUCAAGUUCCUCCGAUCCAUACGACCUGACAACAUGUCUGAGUUCAGCAAGCAGAUGCAGCGCUUCAAUGUUGGAGAGGACUGUCCUGUGUUUGAUGGCUUGUUUGAGUUCUGCCAACUCUCUGCUGGUGGUUCUGCUGCUGGAUCAGUGAAGCUGAACCGACAGCAGACUGACAUCGCAGUGAACUGGUCAGGAGGACUCCACCACGCCAAGAAGUCCGAAGCCUCUGGAUUCUGCUACGUUAAUGACAUUGUGCUGGGCAUCUUGGAGCUGCUCAAGUACCACCAGAGGGUGCUCUACAUCGAUAUAGACAUCCACCACGGUGAUGGAGUGGAGGAGGCCUUCUACACCACAGACAGGGUCAUGACUGUCUCCUUCCAUAAAUACGGGGAGUACUUCCCUGGAACCGGAGACCUCAGGGAUAUUGGAGCUGGAAAAGGAAAAUAUUAUGCUGUCAACUUCCCUCUGCGGGAUGGCAUCGACGACGAGUCGUAUGAGCGGAUCUUCAAGCCUGUGAUGGCCAAAGUGAUGGAGAUGUACCAACCCAGCGCUGUGGUCCUCCAGUGUGGUGCAGACUCUCUCUCAGGAGACCGCCUCGGCUGCUUUAACCUCACCAUCCGCGGACAUGCCAAGUGUGUGGAGUACAUCAAGUCCUUCAACCUCCCGCUGCUCAUGCUGGGCGGAGGAGGAUACACCAUCCGCAACGUGGCCCGCUGCUGGACCUACGAGACGUCCGUGGCUCUGGACACAGACAUCCCUGACGAGCUGCCGUACAACGACUACUUCGAGUACUUCGGCCCCGACUUCAAGCUGCACAUCAGCCCGUCCAACAUGACCAACCAGAACACACAGGAGUACAUGGACAAGAUCAAGCAGCGGCUGUUUGAGAACCUGCGGAUGUUGCCUCAUGCUCCCGGGGUGCAGAUGCAGGCCAUCCCAGAGGACGCUGUUCCAGCUGACACGCUGGACGAGGACACCGAGGAUCCAGACAAACGGCUGUCCAUCCGUGCCACAGACAAGAGGAUAGCCUGCGACGAAGAGUUCUCUGACUCCGAGGAUGAGGGAGAGGGAGGCAGGAGGAACGCAGCCAAUCACAAGAAGGGAGCCAAAAGGCCGAAAGUAGAAGAAGACAAGAAGGAAGGAGAGGAGAAGAAAGCUGAGAUAAAAGAGGAGGAGAAAACAAAGGAGAGCAGUGCUGAGAAUACGGACUCAAAAAGCGUCAAGACUGAGCAGACCAGCAGUGCCUGAAUGGUUCUUCUUACACACACACAAACACACACACACACUCAAACUCACUCUCACACACACAACUCAACGGUGCUGUCUAAACUCAAGGAUCUAACUGUUCACCCGAUCACCAUCAGAAGCAUAAUAUUUAUUAUGACGCUCCAUUUUCUAGGCGUAAAUGUCUUGUCUGAUGUAAGCGUUUGUCUGUGUGUAGUGUCUCAGUGGAUCCCUCCAAUCCACCACUUGAAUUAACUGAACUACGUCCAUUGAUGCCCGUUGAAGCAAUUUUAUUCCAAUGUGCUCAAUCUUCUGAAGGAAACGUCUGCCUGCUUGUUUUUUUCUGUUUGUUUGUUUGUUUGUUUGUUUUUAGGAAGUGAUGGGUAAACCUGUAGGUGAACCUACAAUCAUUUCAUGUUGAAAUUUUGC